CCGAGCCGAGCCGAGCCGAGCCGAGCCGAGCCGAGCCGAGCCGAGCCGAGCCGAGCCGAGCCGAGCCCAGCCGAGCCGAGCCGGGCAUGGCGCCGCUGGUGCUGUACCACUGGACGCAGUCCUUCUCCUCGCAGAAGGUGCGGCUGGCGAUCGCCGAGAAGGCGCUCAAAUGCGAGGAGCACGAUGUGAACCUGCCGCUGAGCGAGCACAACGAGCCGUGGUUCAUGCGCUUAAGUUCCUCUGGAGAAGUACCCGUCCUGAUCCAUGGGGAAAACAUCAUUUGUGAGGCAACGCAGAUUAUUGAUUACCUUGAAGCGACGUUUGUAGAUGAGGAAGUACCAAGAUUAAUGCCAGAAGAGGGGAGCAUGUAUUACCCAAGGGUGCAACACUAUAGAGAGCUUUUAGACUCCUUGCCUAUGGAUGCCUACACACAUGGUUGCAUCCUGCACCCCGAGCUAACAGUGGACUCCAUGAUUCCAGCCUAUGCCACCAGCAGAAUCCGUAGCCAAAUAAGUAACACAGAAUCAGAAUUGAAGAAACUUGCGGAACAAAAUCCAGACCUUCAGGAUGCCUAUAUCGCAAAACAGAAACGCCUUAAGUCGAAACUACUGGAUCAUGAUAAUAUAAAAUACCUAAAGAAAAUACUGGAUGAACUGGAAAAAGUUUUGGAUCAAGUUGAGACUGAAUUACAGCGGCGAAAUGAAGAAACACCAGAAGAUGGAAAUCAGCCUUGGCUCUGCGGUGAUUUCUUCAGUCUGGCAGAUGUAUCGCUUGCUGUCACAUUACAUCGCCUGAAGUUUCUGGGAUUAGCAAGAAGAAACUGGGGGAAUGGAAAACGGCCCAACUUGGAAGCUUAUUAUGAGCGUGUCGUGAAGAGAAAAGCAUUUUACAAAGUUUUGGGACACGUCAACAAUAUAUUAAUCUCGGCUGUUCUGCCAACAGCAUUCCGUGUGGCCAAGAAAAGGGCUCCCAGGGUUCUUGGCACCACGCUGCUGGUCAGCUUGCUGGCCGGAGUGGGUUAUCUUGCUUUCCUGUGUCUUCGGAAGAGAUUUGCCAACAUGGUGCUAUCGAUUAGACCCAGGAAAAAUUUUUUUUAGACCCUGUCUGUCCCUGGUGGUGAGUGAAGGGAAUCUCUACCCCCCAGGAAAAUAUCCUCAAUAAAAUAUAAAUAUAGAAGAACGAUUAUGUCUGUGAAUUAGAACAUUGUCACGCAGUAAUAAUUUCCUGCUGCUGUAUAAUUGGGUUGGCAAUGCUGAGAUAUUUUUCAAAAAUAUAUGAUGGGGGGAUGACAAAGGAAAGAAGAGACUUUCUGUUCAGCCAAGGGGCUAUAACUGUGACAGUGAUUUGUUAAAGUGAUUAUUGUCUCCUUUACCCAGUAGCUGACCUAAUUAAAAUGCUUUUAUUUAAUAGAUGAUGCAGCAAUGUGACAGCUUUUCACUAUAGAUCAAAUGCAUUAUUGUGCAGAAACCAGCAUUUUUAAAAAUACUGAAAAUAGCUCUUACUUUGAAUGUUCAGAGUAGGAUUUAAGUGGGACAUUGUGCCUGUUGUGUACGGGAGCAAGUUUCUCUUUACUGAUGAAUGUCUGUUAAUUUGCAGUCAGACCUUCAGGAAUGUGUUAAAAAGUAAUCUUGUGAAGCCACUUCUGUGUAUGUUCAUGCAGCAGUACCUGAAAAGACCUGAAACAGGUAAGAACAUCUUGUGUGGUUUGUGGACCACACAAGAGAAAUCUGCAGAGGCAUCACUGGACAACAGAUACUAGAAUUUUGCCGAAAUACAAAUGGUAGUGAAAUACCUGAUGCUUGUCUUUUAAAAGCUUUUUGGUCUCAGCUGCAGACUCUGACAGAAUCAAAUCAAACUCUUGAUGCCUAAAUCUGGCUAUCUAAAACAGGCUAGACAAAAUUAAGAGAAUAAAAAAACAGUUAUUUUUAUUGUCGCAGCCCGCCCAGGGGCUAUACCCAAAAUGGACAUCCAGUCACGGGUUUUUCAUGCUUUGUAAGUUUUGUCCAUUUGCAUAUCAGGGAUUAAUUCUCCAAUUACAGUGUCAGGUAAUGAAGUUGUUGACUCCAAGUCUGCUCCCCCCAAUUCACUGUUGUUUACAGAUCUUGAGGCCUGAGACAGUGAGGUGUCCUUGAGUUUUGGGCCUAGAGAGGAAUUACUUUGUCUAAAAAAUGGGAGAAUAGUUGGCUUAGUACUGUAUAAGCAGUCUAGAGUUAUACACUACAGAAUUACAGGAUUACAGAUACAUGAAAAAUAUAGAAGCCAAAAUCCUAAGGCAUCACCAUCAUUUGCUGCUUUCAUUGGGGUGGUGUGAUAUAGUUGCCUCUGUCUGAGUGUCCCCUCUAUCCUUUCUUGUUUCACUCUGAGCACUGGCUAUUUUUUUGCACAUUUCUUGGCAACAUCAGCRAUUGCAUGUGCCUCUAUAAAAUGUUUGCCCAUAGUGUGCCACAGCUGAUUAGAAAACAUGUAUAAACAAUGCAUUUUUGUAUAAGUAAUUAAAAAUAGUUUGCUGUCUAUCAGUCUGGUUAGGUAGCCUAGAUUGAAGGUAAAACUAUUGUAGCAAUCUGUUUACUUUCGGAUAGGGGUCGUGUUGGUGGUAAGUGAAAAAUACAUUACGGUUUGGAAACGUAUGAUUUGUAGUGCUGAUUUUUUGCAGAACUGCACUCUUGUAGCAUGGAGGAAAGGUGUAGAAAAGCAUUUUGAUUACUUCCUACUAUUGAGCAGAUGCUGUGACUUUUAUUAGUUUUGAACUGAGCUCCCAUUUUAACAAGAAAUGUACAUUUACCUGAAAGUAGACUUUGAACCAUUUUGCAGAAAGUAAGUGUUUGGGAAGGGCUGAAUUCUCAUGACAGUUUAGUAAGAUUUUUAUAUGCUUGAUGAAUGUCUGAAAGCCUCAGAGUUUUGUUUACAAGUUGUACAUAGCUGCAACAAACAAAGCAUAGCUUUAAGUAUUUGCCUAUCAUCAAUCAGGCCUAAGUACAUUUUAGGUCCAGURCUGGUGGCUGUGGUCUCUCUGGACAAUUGCAUUUAGGUGUCAAGAAAAUCAUCUCAGGUUUGCUGGAGGGAGCUGAGGCAGUUUCUGUCUGGGCAGUCUCACCAUCUAACAGAUAUCAAUAUGGACAAAAUUACUGAAUACUCCGGCUUAUUAUUUAAUGUUGUGCUAGCUAUCUAGAAAAGUCAACCUAAAUCUCGUUACUACUUUUUGCUAAUAAGAAACAUCUUACAUAGGAAACAAUGCGCUUCCUUAUUUGUCAAGAAGACAAAUAAAGUUUUAUAUAAUUCUAUUUCAUGACCCAGUUGUUCUCAAGAACUCGUUGAAUUAAAUGUGUUCUGUUUAGAAAAGCUUUAUUAUCUCUAGARUGAGUUUAAUCCAACAAUACUAUUAAUGUACUGGCAGCUUUAACUGAGUUUGUUGUUUGUGUGUUGCAGUUCAUCUGCAUUUACUUGUAGCUAUCAAAUUCCACCAAGUUAAUAAACACAGAGUAAGACUCGUAACUUAAUGCUUCCSUGGCAUGUAUUUCUGUCAGACCAUCUGUAAAAUGUAAUUUGAUCAAGUAAAAAUAAAUAURUAUGACUUAGCUUUCGUUAGAGUGAAGUGACCACCAGAUGUCAGUGGUCCUCCAGYGCUCUGAUCUGACGUGCCUCUGAGGAAAACAUCACUUCUCACAAAAAGUUUGUGAUCUCAGUGUAAGAGGCAUGUGAGCACCCUCAUCAGACAAACAGUCUCUCAGGAGCUCAGGAAACAACUGCGUCGGUUUACCAUAGUUUUGUCCUCUGACACUUGCCACUUACGCUAGUGUGGUUUCCAUACUGAGUAUAUGGGAGGCCAAAGAUGAAAUAAUAUUUCACAUGAAAGUGAAUGUUACUGAACAGCAAUUAAACUCGUCAUCUGAAAGAAUGAACGUGGAUAAAACUUACUGCAAAGAAAGUUUGGAUUUCUGAUUGAUUCAUGUCUGUUAGUUCAACUGUUUGACAUCCUGCUUAUUUUCAYUGCCCUGAAGUACUCUGUGCAUUGAUUUCUGUACAGGUGGCAGCAAAAGGCUUAUCCAUGAUUAAAUUCCUCAAAAUAGGAUGAGAUUUAGAAGCACAUAUGCUGCAUUUGACUCUUUGUGCAGGACAGCKUUUGUGCUUGUAAAGUUUCUUUUCAGCCUGGCUUWUUUUCUUUCUGGCAGCUCUGUAUACUAUUUUGAUUGGGUACAAAAGCAAUCUUCUGGUUUUCAUUUACUAUUUGCUCUCAUAUCAUGCAUCGGAUAUAUUUCAUAUCUUUAUGUGGGACUCACACAAUGAACAUMGAUUCUAAGACCACUUUCUAGUCUGGUUUAUGUCUUCUGUGUCAGUAAAAUAAAGCACAUUUGAGUGUUGCUGUAAAGAGUCUAAUGAUAUUCAAGGAGAGAGGCCCUUGAACAUCUUUCAGACCAGUUUUAAAGGUGUUUACCAGCUUGCCUUGCAUGCAUAUGGAAACAGCAGUAACAGUGAUGUUUUCUUUGGUGUCUGUCUGAGCUCUAUAUGUAUGAGGUCCAACAGAAGCUAUUUAAUAAAGUUUAAAAGAAAAAAAARGGGGUAAGCAGUUUUUGUACUUAAAAUUAAUCCAUAGAAAAAAUCCUACCCCACUUUGCUUCUGAGUGUGUCCCUGAUUCAUUGUUGAGCUACAGCAGCUGGGCUUCAUUUCUGUAAGGUGCAUGACGAGCACAUAAUCUGUGUCCACACUGACACUGUCCUUGAUGAGACUAAAUGGUGUGCCCCAUUAAACGUGUGUUAGUCUGGCCAUAAACAAAGUCUUUUUUUUGUUUGCACUGUAGUACUCUGUUAUUGGGUCUCCUUCCUUGUUAAGCGGAGGAGUAAACAACAGUACUUGAAGCUUGCGUGCAUUGCCUCUCAGUGUCUUGAAAGUCAGGAAAGAUGUUAGGAUCAGGCAUGCAGCUGCUAGGGCCCGAGUUUAUGACACCUGUAGUCUGCGCACCAACGYUGAAGUAGCCUUGAUGUUUUAGCAUUAAUCAGAAGUGUGCACAGGGCUCUKGCAGUGGACAGUCUGUAUCUGUCUAAAUGGACAAGAGGCAAGAGUGAAUGCAAAGAUAAAUACAGCAAAUCCAAAAUUCCUUGUUCACAUUCACAAAGCCAUGCAUCCCCUUUUGCAUGUCACAUUUUUAAAGGCAUUUUUUACUUAAGUCUGAAUUUUAUGGGAGCAAGGAGCUACUAAGAUUUAGAGAGCAGAUUGGCAUGCCCUAAUGCRUGAGGAUUAGAGACAGCAGCAGAUGGAAAGUAGGUGAAAAGUAGUGGGUCUGGCUAUCUGGAGCACACUGUGCUCUGCAAUAAGGUGUAUGACAGAUGGCUGUUUGCUGAGGCCUUAUGAAGUUUAUCUGUCUGUUUAGCUGAUGUUAGACAAAGAGGUGUAAGGCUGUGCUUAGGCAAUUUAUAAGAUGUGCCAAGGAAGUCAAAAGCAUGUAGAAAAAUCCGAAACAAAAUAUGCUGGGUUUUGUUCCCUCCUUUCUCUAUAAAGAAAUUUUUCAUUUUGGUGCAGUCCCAAGUCAUAAAGUCAGGCACUCAAAACUCAGGAAAUUCCAGAAGCCAGAGUUCUUACUAUACUCUUAACUCACUCACACAAUACUUCAAUAGCCUUUUUAUUUCUGUUUUUCUUUCUCAGUUACAAUCAUGGUGCUUUAUUUAAUGUGAAGUUAAAAAUGUUGCACCAUAAAAUAGUUAAGCUUAAUGUUGUGGGAAGAAUCUGUUGGAAUUUGCAGAACUGAAGGCCUAACUAUUUCUGUGCUUUACAUCAGCAUUAGUAUUUACUGCAGUUUUAAAUAGUCAUAAAUAAUAAUAUAAAAGUGUAUUGUGUAAACUAACACAUAAUCACAUAAAUCAGUAUUAAUCUACUUUAUAUGUACUAGUAUGUAUUGAAAUUCUAUAUAGGUAUACAAUAGGGUCCCUAUUUAUCCCUGUCACAUUUCAUUUGAUAAAAAUGGGUA